UUGAGGUAUCGAUCGAUAUGCAUCUUUUCCAUUGCUGUUAAGGUGUCCGAAUUGGCGACAUGUGGAUCACUUCUCGAAUGUCUUCACAAACCGGCCCUUCGCGAUUCGUUUCCAAUACAUGUACUUUGCGACUAUGCGGAACAAAUAGCUAAAGGCAUGGCUUACCUGGAAUCGAACCGCUUGAUUCAUCGUGAUCUGGCCGCCAGAAAUGUUCUUGUGUUUAGUCCAAAAAAGCUCAUCAGUUUCAUGGAUUUUUGA